UUUUGUCCGCUUGCAGCCGCCGUCCCAGAUAUUACUCACCGAGUUCUAGGACCGAGGAACUUGUGUUUUCGGGGAGCCGGCUGGUGUUGCCGGCGCCAUGGAGUCGCCUUUUAGCCCAGGACUCUCACACAGACCAGAUGAAGAGUGGGAUUCUACCCUGUUUGCUGAACUUGGUUAUUUAACAGACACUGAUGAUCUGCAGUUGGAUGCAAUAAAUGAGACUUAUGAAAAUAAUUUUGAUCAUCUUGAUUUUGAUUUGGAUUUGAUGCCUUGGGAAUCAGACAUUUGGACCAUCAACAACCAGUUCUGUACAGUUAAAGAUAUUAAGACAGAACCUCAGCCACUUUCUCCAGCUUCGUCAAGUUGUUCAGUCUCAUCUCCUCAGUCAGUGGACUCUUGUUCUUCAACUCAGCAUGUUCCUGAGGAGUUGGAUUUGUCUUCUAGUUCCCAGAUGUCUCCCCUUUCCUUUUAUGGUGAAAAUUGUAAUAGUCCUUCCUCAGCAGAGCCACUAAGAGAAGAUAAGCCCAUCAUUGGUCCUAAGAGCAAAACUGAAAAUGGACUGACUCCAAAGAAAAAAAUUCAGAUGGGUUCAAAGCCUUCAAUUCAGCCCAAACCUUUAUUACUUCCAGCAGCACCCAAGACUCAAACAAACUCCAGUGUUCCAGCAAAAACCAUCAUUAUUCAGACACUACCAACACUUAUGCCAUUGGCAAAGCAGCAACCAAUUAUUAGUAUACAGCCUGCACCCACUAAAGGUCAGACUCUUUUGCUCUCUCAGCCUACUGUGGUACAACUUCAGGCACCUGGAGUUCUGCCCUCUGCUCAGCCUGUCCUUGCUGUGGGUGGGGGAGCCACACAGCUACCUAACCAGGUGGUGAAUGUAGUUCCCGCCCCUGUGGUGAACAGCCCAGUGAAUGGAAAACUUUCUGUGACUAAACCCGUCCUACAAAGUCCCGUGAAAAAUGUGGUUUCAGAUAUUGCUGUGCUAAGGAGGCAGCAACGUAUGAUAAAAAAUCGAGAGUCRGCUUGUCAGUCACGCAAGAAAAAGAAAGAAUAUAUGCUAGGGUUAGAGGCUAGAUUAAAGGCUGCCCUUUCAGAGAAUGAGCAACUGAAGAAAGAGAAUGGGUCACUGAAACGGCAAUUGGACGAAGUUGUAUCAGAGAACCAGAGGCUUAAAGUCCCUAGUCCAAAGCGAAGAGCUAUCUGUGUCAUGAUAGUAUUGGCAUUUGUAAUACUGAACUAUGGACCCAUGAGCAUGCUGGAACAGGAUUCUAGAAGAAUGAACCCUAAUGUGAGCCCUGCAAAUCAAAGGAGGCACCUUUUAGAAUUUUCUACUAAAGAAGUACAGGACACAUCAGAUGGUAUCAUCCAGAAAAACAGCUACAGAUAUGAUCAUUCUGUUUCAAAUGACAAAGCCCUAAUGGUGCUAACUGAAGAACCACUACUUUAUAUUCCUCCUCCUCCUUGUCAACCCCUGAUUAACACAACAGAAUCUCUCAGAUUAAAUCAUGAACUUCGAGGUUGGGUUCAUAGACAUGAAGUGGAAAGGACCAAGUCAAGAAGAAUGACAAAUAAUCAACAGAAAACUCGUGUUCUUCAGGGUGCUCUAGAACAGGGCUCAAAUUCUCAGUUGAUGGCUGUCCAAUACACAGAAACCACUAGUAUCAGUAGGAACUCAGGGAAUGAGCUACAAGUGUAUUAUGCUUCACCCAGAAGUUAUCAAGACUUCUUUGAAGCCAUCCGCAGAAGGGGAGAUACAUUUUAUGUUGUGUCCUUUCGAAGGAAAUACUUUGGGGGCAGGAAUGAUGGUGGGAUGAGAUGA